CUCUAUUUUUAGCCCUUCACUUGGAUCUCUCUUGGAUAACUCAUUAAAUGACACUAUCCAAUAUACCUCCACAUGUGUAUCUGCGUGUGUAUAUGCAUGUGUAUCUAACUAUCUAUAUUUAGAAGCUUCCUAAUUUUGUCACAGAAAAUAUCUUCAUGUUUUGUUCCUUUCCGCUAUAAAAUCAUAAUAAUUCUCUUCCAUAGUUCUUGGAUUUGUCCCCAAAAUCAAUAGAAGAUCGAAGAAGAAGAAGAAGAACGAUCUUCAAAGGAGUGAUCAAGAGCAAGAUAAUGUGUACUCAUCAUGAUGAAUCACAACACAAACUUCCUUGUCUCCACUGCCAACCACAUACAUACAUCCGCAUGGUUCAACAUCUGAUAGAGAGGUGCAUUCUACUCCGUAUGAAUCGUGAUGAGUGCGUCAAGGCGUUAGACCACCACGCAAGCAUUCUACCACUCGUUACGCUCACCGUAUGGAGAGGACUCCAAAGAGAAAAUAAGGACUUCUUUGAAACGUAUGGCCAUUUCGUCUCUCCUAGGCCCUUCCUAAGCGGACAUGUCCGGAGAUCGCCGAGGUUUGCGCGAAGGAUACAGUGAACUAGUGAAGACUUUGGUAUAGGCUAGAUAAGAUAUUGAUAAAAAAAAAAAAAAAGAUAUUGAUAUAGGAGAUAACGCUUGAACUUUAUAUGUAGACCUAGGCUUAUUUAAAUUUCCCUAUUCCUAAGUUGAAACAUGUAUGCUAUUAUUAUAUGUAGACCUUAUUAUAAAUUUAAACGUUAUACUAUAAGAUUAAACCGAGAAGCAUUAAUUUUCUUGUGUAAACUUUUUUUUAA